AGGGAAAAUAAACAGGAUUAACGAGUCGGAUCCCCCUAACGCUAAAAAAAGAAUAAGAGGAAUUACAGGAUUGAGAGAGAAAGAAAGAAAGAGAGAGACUGUGGGGUGGGGUGGGGUGGGGGGGUUAGUAAGGGGGUGGGGGGUAUUGGGUGAGUAAGAAUAGGAAAGGCAAAAAUGGAGAAGAUAUUGGGAGUCUCUUCUUUGGCUCUUAGGCUAACACCCUUCACUUCCUUAACCCUAAUUUACUUACCCCCUCUCAAAAUUCCCUUCUUUCUUUUUCUUUUUUUCUUCCAUAUCUCUCUCUUCUUUGGCUUUUACUCCCCCUCUUCAUCAAUUUUAUAUAUAUUUUCUCUAUCUUUCCUUCUCUUUAUUCCAAUUUUCUUUUCUCUUCGCUGCUGCUGUUGCUGCUUCUGCUUGUGGUUUUCGGUUCUGGGUCGUUCUACAGUUUCCAGCUUGGUGCAGCAAUUACCAAACUCAUUUAGCAAGUGUCUGUCUCUCUGCCGUGAUUAGUACACGUGUUUCUGUUGGGCCUAGUCGUUUUACAUGUCAUGGAUGAGUCUGGUGGAACUCGAUUUGAAGGGCUCAAUGUUACUGUUAGAAAGAAAAGAAGCCUCAUAGUGCGGCGACCUAGACCAGAGAACUCCUUUUUUCAUGAAAGCCGUGAUCAGUCUCCCUUAACACCAGUUUCAGAUGAUUUUGGUAGGGUUUCCAGUGAUGAGAACACUGAUGAUGCCAAUGCUGGACGGAAAAUGUUCAACCUUAGUCAUUGCAUGUCUAGAGGCUCUGCUUCCAGAGUGGAUGAGGACUACACUUUUAAGAAGAGCAGGGAUGGGGGGUCUAGUGUGUUAUUAUAUAGUAAUGGAGAUCCAGGAGAUGAUAAAUAUGGCUCCUCUUUUAGGCAACCAGGAACUGUUCAGGAUGGUGUUGGUAAUGAUAGCAAGCUGAAAAGGGUUAAGCUGAAAGUUGGGGGUGUGACACGGACCAUUCAGACCAAAACUGAUUCUCAUGGUGCAUAUGGUGGUGGUCUGUCUACUACAAGUGCAAGAGCCUUGGAUGGCUCGUUGCCACGUCAGAAACUUACUCCACGGGACUCUUCGAGCAAAGAAGGUCUUUUGGAAAAGAAAACUGGGUUGCAAGGAAUUAUGUCAAGAGACUCGCCCAAAGGCUCUUUUGCUGCUGGCAAAAACGAUAUGGGGAAGACGUCAUCCUUCGAAAAAGGAGGUGACAAGUCAGAUCCAACUCGUAAGAGUAAGAGGGUUCCAAAGAGGCGUGUAUCGGAGUGGUUUGAUGAGGAUGACAAAGAUGACGAGAUCCGAUACUUGGAGAAGCUUAAAACCUCGAAAUAUAGAGAUUUUGAGGAGGAUUUCACCAAGAAAAGAAGUCUCAAGCUUUGCAAGUAUGAAAAUGUGGGAAGGUCAAGGAAAGAUGGUAGGAAGAAAUCAGAGCAAGGUUCCGAGGACACUGCUUAUGAGGCGGAAGAGCUCCUGUCUGAUGGUGAGCCUGAAGGAAAAAAGAAGCAGAAACAAAGGAAGGAAUCCUUAGAUUCAUCGAUCGAUGCAAUGAGAGGAGAAAUGACUCUUACAACACGACAACGAGCUCUCCUAUCUAGCAAGGAUUCUUCUGCUCCUGUGAGUCAGAUUGAGUUCCCUAAUGGUUUACCACCGGCGCCACCUCGAAAGCAAAAGGAGAAGCUCACUGAUGUUGAACAGCAACUGAAGAAAGCAGAGGCUGCUCAGAAACGUAGAAUGCAAAAUGAGAAGGCUGCUCGUGAAUCAGAGGCUGAGGCAAUUAGGAAAAUCCUAGGUCAAGAUUCUAACAGGAAGAAGCGAGAAGAUAAAAUAAAGAAGCGGCAGGAAGAGUUGGCUCAGGAGAAGGCUGCCAAAGAGCAGAUGCUUGCAAAAAGCACUAUCAGAGUGGUUAUGGGCCCUACCGGGACUGUUGUGACAUUUCCUGAAGAUAUGGGUUUACCUCAUAUUUUUAACUCAAAACCUUGCGGUUACCCUCCCCCUCGUGAGCAAUGUGCUGGUCCUUCCUGUGUGAAUCCAUACAAGUAUCGUGAUUCUAAGACAAAACUUCCUCUUUGCAGUCUCCAGUGCUACAAGGCAAUUCAUGAAAAGGGACAGGCCUGUUGAAAGCAUAUGCUCUUGCAUAUUAUUGUUUAGAUUUAAGCAAAUAUAAUGAGGACAUCUUUUCCAUAUGCAGAAAUCAAGAUCAGAGAUAUCUGUGGAACAAAUUGUAUACAGGAAUAUUUUGGUGUCUUAUAAAUGUAUGCGGCAUAGUAUUUUUUCCA